AUGGUCACGCUUCGUUUACAAUCUCGGAUAGUUCACUGGUUCCCCUCUCUUCCCUCUUUCUCCGCCUUCACCGCAAGAACAUACGCUUCUAAACAAGCGGCCGCCACGGAACGCCCCCAAGACUCAAAUGAGGAUCUAGCCGCAGCUCGAAAAUGGAUCACGGGACUCAAUUCCAAAACUAUCCCACGCCAUAUUUGUGAAGUUACAUUUAGUCGUUCCGGUGGCCCUGGGGGACAGAACGUGAACAAGGUAAAUUCAAAAGCUACUUUGAAAGUGCCGCUCCAGUCUCUGUUACCAUUCGUACCUCGAAUUCUACAUCGUCCGCUGCGGUCAUCGCGCUACUUCGCAGAGAGAUCGCAGAGUCUAGUCAUACAAUCGGAAGAAUCGCGUAAACAAGCUGCCAAUGUGGAGUCGUGUUACGAGAAACUCCACCAGUUACUCAAAGCUACUGCUGCAGAUGUCAUCCCCGGAGAGACUUCUCAGGAGCAAAGAGACCGGGUACAUAAAUUGAAAAAUGCCGAAAAUGAAUCUAGAAUCAAAGCUAAAAAACUGCAUAGCAGUAAGAAGAGCAAUCGACGGGGUAGUAAAUUUGAUGACUGA